GUCCCGGUUGCCUCGAGCUCUCGCUGAGCGGUGUCCUGGUGCUCCUUGAAGAAGCAGGCGUCUUGUGUUUUGCGUGUGACCCGACCCCAGUGUGUGUGUGACUAGUGACCAGUGUGCGUGUGCGUCCUGCUCACUUGGCGGGUUUUCACGUGAACCAUUCACUAGAGCUUGGCUGUUUGUAUGAUCAGUUCCAUAAUUUCACCAAAUCCCCCACAACAAAGUUUGAACGAAAUUAGAGUCGACAAUCCAACCAUCCUUCUCCUUGGAAGCAUACACAGGACCUCCUAGGACCAAUCUCCCUGUCUGUCUGUCUCUCUCUAUCGCUCUUCCUCUCACUCGCGUUUGCUUGCCAACGCUGGUGGCCAGUGUGCUGGUCGCGCUAAUUUAACAAGUAACCAUUAAACUCACACACUCGUGCCUCAGAUACUAACCAUGGUACGAUGUCGACGUUUUUCACCACCAACCGGCACGGGUACAGUGUGCGAUUUUCGCCCUUCAACCCGGACCAGUUCGUCGUAGCAUCGAGCCAGUUCUAUGGGCUGGCAGGUGGCGGUACACUGUACUUCCUCGAGCUGACCCCGGACGGUUGUGGUAUCGCUGAGAAGCGGAAUUAUCACUGGAGCGAUGGAUUGUUCGACGUGACAUGGUCCGAGUCGAAUCCGGAGAUCAUCGUUUCCGGGUCCGGUGACGGAAGCGUCCAGCUGUGGAACACCAAUCUGUCGGUCAGCAACGGACCACCGUCGAUGGUGUACCGGGAGCACAAGAAGGAAAUCUAUAGCGUGGACUGGAGCAAGGUGCCGUACGAGCAGCUCUUCAUCAGCGCCAGUUGGGACAGCACGGUGAAGAUAUGGGACCCGAUUCGGAGCAACUCGCUCAGCACCUACAUCGGCCACACGCAGCUGGUGUACAAUGCCGUUUUUGCCGCCCAUAUCCCCAACACCUUCGCCAGUGUCAGCGGAGAUGGUUAUCUGAAGAUUUGGGAUAUCCUCUGCUACGAUCUACCGAUUGCGAGCAUCAAGGCCCACGAUGGAGAGGUCCUGACGGUGGAUUGGUGCAAGCACGAUUCCAACAUCUUGGCCACUGGAGCGUCGGAUGGUUUGAUUCGCAUAUGGGACCUGAGAAACUUUGGCGUUCCGAUCACGGAACUGAAGGGCAAUGAGUUUGCUGUAAGAAAAGUACAAUUUUCCCCGCACAACCUGUCCGUGCUGGCCAGCGUUGGAUACGACUUUACGACCAGAAUAUGGGAUUACAAAAAGAGCAACGAAGCCAUCGAAACUAUCAAGCAUCAUUCGGAGUUCACUUACGGGCUGGAUUGGAAUCGUCGCCGUCGGAAUCAGCUUGCCGAUUGCGGCUGGGAUUCGCUGGUGCACGUUUUCAAACCGGACUGCCUUUCGGAUAAAAUUUAAACCGUGCACCAAAAAAUCAGGAACCGGAAAUGCUAUGGUGAACAACUAAGGUAAGCUUAUGCGGAACGUCGGUCUUCAGCAGCCUGCGGCGGAGAAUGGAACGUCACCUGGCAGUUAAAAAUUUGCAUUUCGGCCAAAAGAAAGUAAAAAUUGUGAUUUAGAUGCUAAGUAGACUAAAAGUGGUGUCCGAUGCUGGUGGCCAUAUUCGUAUUGUCACCGCGAGGCAGCACAUUUAAAUUAGCUAUUUGUACAGAAGUGAACAGAAAUGGUACACACACACACGUACGGUACGAGGGAUGCAGCGUCAAAAUUAUGUUUCGAUGUAUAUUUAAAAUCAAAACCGGUGAUGGUAGGUGAGGCUUCAACUCUCACAAUAGUAGUAGCGAACUAUCGAACCACAAAACGUGGUGUCUGCUGGAGUGCGGUGGAAGGUUGAUGGUAGUUUAUAUUAAACUUUAACUGUUUACAUUACUAUUUAUUUAUCUUCGUUGUGAAGAGUUAAGUUGUUUCAAAGUUUUCUCUUACAUUGUAAAACAGGUAUUGGUUUAGUUGGGGAUUUUUGGGCUAAGAAUUGGCGCGUUAGGUUAUCGAAUCAGUUCAACGAAAUUAUAAUGUAUG